UUGGGGCUGCUGCCUUGAUGCCACCGCCAGGCCUUGCGUCUGUCUGUCUUGCAUUCUCUCACCUUCCAUCCCAUCCUUGCCCGUCCAUCCCAUCUUUGCUUUGCUUCCUCCUUCCGUCUCUGCUUCUGUCGCACGCGCAGAGCCGCAGAGCUCUUCCAUUCACCCACACUCACGCGAGCCAACACACCGUCUCGAGCGAGCCAUCAUCGUCUCUAUCGAACCUAAACACGCGCGCUUCCACCUCUCCUCCUCCUUCCAUCACCACCGCGUACCAUCUUGGCGCGCGAUACCAUCCACCAUCGCCAACGCGUCGAGUCGCAGCGUUGCUUGCCCAUCUCGCCUUUCCUUGCUGCUGUGAUCUGCCCAGCUCGUGGCACAUCAUCCUUCUGACUUGAUCGAGACUUCUCCCACUUCCCACACCAGCACCACCGCUCACGCGGCCACAUCGACCGACUGAGCGAGCGAGUCAGACGCACCACCGCCACCACAAUCAUGGCGCGGGUAGCACUGGUGCUGCUCGCAUUGGCGGCAACCACAGCCGUCACUGCCGCAAGCACUUAUGACGACUCCAUGAUCCAAGUCAAGUGCCAAGCCUACGGCUCCACCACGCCAACGGACUGUAGCUCCGUGUCGCAUCCUCGAUGGGUGCGCUACCAGGGCAACCUCUCUCCUUCCCACAAUCACGCCAUCCAAGCUGACACUGGCCCGCCUGCGCUGGUGAUUGAGGCGGAUGUAUUUCUCGCCUCCGAGCUGCCGCCCUCUGGUGCAAAGCUCGACAUCACCCUCACGUAUGGGGAGUGCGCCCAGGAUGAGUACGCGACCUACGACUUUGGCUUCGAGACACUCACGUGUGCUGCUGAGCCGGAUGUCUUUGAGCUCUUUACCUUCGACAACAACGACAUGAGCGGUCUUGGGGCAAUGACGCGAUCAACGUCGUGCUGGCUCUUCUAUGACGACCGCAACGGCGACAACUACCUCACCAUCGAUACGGACUGCCUGCCGGACCUCGCCACGCAGAUUGCGCUGCCAUCAGAUAUGACGGUGUCGAUGUGGGUCAAGUUCCCCUCCAACAUCCUAUACUUCCUCUACACCACGCGCCUUUUUCGCUUCCGCAACGGCAAUCAGAUUGUCAAGUUUGAGGUGGCCAGCAACAACAUCCCCCACCUGUACAUUUCCGAUGCCACGGGUGCCACCAUUGGCGAUCUCUCUGCUCCGUCUUCAUGGGAUGGUAUCUUCUCGACCAUCAGCACGAACAAGUGGAACCACUUCCAAGUGUCGUUUGGCGCCUCGGGCAUGUACAUCUACUGCAACGGCAUCCUGAUCGCCUCCUCGCCAGCAGCGGUCAAUGUCGGCUCGUUGGCCACCGGCACAGAGUUCAAGCUUGGGUCGGGCUACACAGUCUGCGACGGCCUCGGCAUUGACAACGUGGCCGUGCUCUCCGGCCAGCUCACCCCGCGCCAGCUCAUGCAUCGCCUCCCCAUCCGCGGCUGUGUCGGGUUCUCCUGUGCCGUCGACUUCCAGACGAAUCUCGGGCUGAGAACGCUGUCGUACCCAUUCCGAUAUUAA